CAGGAGGCUCGGGCACUGGGCCGGGCGGUCGCACCGAGCCGUGCCAUGGAGGAGGCACCCAGCCCCGCGCCCGCGCUCUUGGACUGGGACUACCUGGACCACUGCUUCGCCCGCCACCGCGUCUGCAUCUCCUUCGGCCUCUGGAUCUGCGCCUCCUGCUGCUGGAUCGCCGCCCACGCGCUGCUUCUCUAUCUGAGAUGUACCAGGAAGUCCGGACCGGACCAGUCGGCGCUGUGUGCCGCGUGCUGCCUCUUGACCAGUCUGUGUGAUACCGUCGGGGCCAUCCUGGCCAGACAGCUCACCAUCCAGGUUUUCACGGGUGCCUACCUAGCAGCUAUUGACUUAGUGAACUUCAUGUUCAUUCUCUUCCCAGUCUGCGGCUCCAAGUUCAAGUCACAUUCGGGCCGGGGCUCCCGAGAGAGGAAGAGGAGACAGCGGCUCAAGGCCACCAUAUUUGCCCUGGCCCUGCCACUGAGUCUGGGCCCAGGCUGGGCUCUCUGGGCCUCUGUCCCGAAGGCUUCAGGCCCAGUCCAGGGGCCACAGCGGAGGCUUCUGGGAAGCCUGCUGCAGGAAAAUAUUGAAAUCUUCGGCUACCUGCUGGGUGGGAUCGCCGCCUUCGGCUCCUGGGCCUCCCAGAUCCCCACACUCUCCAGAAUCUGCCAGGGUAAGGCGUUUCCCUCCCUCCACCUGUGGAUGCGGUUCCUGUUGGCCCUGGGCUGCCUCCUCUACGCCUCAGCCAUCGUGGCCCACAGCCAGCAGCCUGAGUAUCUGCUGCGGGCCACACCCUGGUUCCUGACCUCCCUCGGCCGCGCUGCGCUGGACCUGGCUGUCAUUUUCCUUUCCUGUGUGAUGAAGAGCAAGAUGAGGCGGGUCUUAGGACUUGCCACUGAAGCCAGAGAGAGCCCCGACACCCAAGCCCUUCUGACCUGUGCAGAGAAGGAUGAGGAGGGAAGCCAGGAGGUGCAGAGCAAGAAGAAGUUUUCCAGAAGCUUCAUCUUCAUGAAUCCGGAUUGGGUGCCUCUCACCACGUUACCAAACUACAAGUCACUCAGGACAAUGGGAGUCAUCAGUCACUACAUGGAGAUGACCAUUGAGCCCGUGCAGCAGCAGCCCCUCCUGGGCACUGGUCCUCAGGAGAGAGAAUCCAAGAGAUGCUGGAACUGCCAGUUCCUUCAGGCUGAGCCUCAUCAAGGUGCCCGGGGUCACAGGGAUCAACUGCCCCUACCUCGGCGUGGGACAUUUGAAAACUUCUUUUCUCUGGUGACUCAGGCCGGCUGCAGUGCCACCAGGCUGCCUGAUGACCAACAGAUGAGCACUGGAGAUGUUUCCCUGCAGGAGCCCCCGUCGUACCCCCCCGUGCAGGUCAUCCGGGCCCGCGUGUCUUCCAGCAGCUCCUCUGAGGUCUCCUCCAUCAACUCCGACCUCGAGCAGAAGUAUUGGGAGGCCCUAAACUCAGAGCAGUGGGACCCUGAAGAUGUGCACCUUGAAAGGAGCAAAGAUAACAUGGAGAUGCUCAGAUCCCAGGCCCACAGGGGCUCCAUGAGCCAGUGGACUUGACCUCUGAUGAUUAACACCUUCUGGAGCCAGCCCAUCAGCACAGAGCCCAAGGUCAGGCCUUUGUCAGGAACGGAGCAGGGAGCAACUUGCAGUGACACCCUUAGCAGGAAUUUUAAGCUGCUGGAGAGGCUGCCCAGGAGAGUAAGGAACCAAGAGCUGUCACUGAGCUUGGCUGGUCUGCAUCAUGGCUCAAAGCAGAGCCAAGACUUCAGGUCCUGUGGACAACCUGGAUAUACCGAGUUUGUUCUGAAGACUAGAAGUUCACAGACCAUUCCUGCAUUGUAAAGAUAAAUCUUCAUCUCAAGGACAUUGGACCCUGUUUUCAUUUUUUCCCUUUAGACUCAAACAUACCCUGAAUACCUGCUUGUGCUAGGAAUGAGUUCAUCUAGCAAAUCUAGUGUGUAUCUCAGCAAAGACCCAUUCUACAAGACCUGGCUAAGCCAGGAGAUGAGAAGGGUGGGUCCUUGUGCUGGAGGGCCUGGGGCAUGUACCCAGCAACUGGUCACCCUCUUAUCUGCUGGAAGUUGUAGAUAGGACUGCUUGGAUCAACCAGGUAUUUCACUGGUUGAUCACUGGUAUUGCAAGGGCAAAUAGGCAAAUUGUUCUAGGUACCAGGACUUCCUGCAACCUGACUGGGGUGUGUGUUGGGGGAGGGUGUGCAGGUGAGGGGCACUAUGUGCUUCAGGAGUAACUGAAAGCACGCAGAGGGUAAGAGGCAUGGUGGGAGGUUAAAUUCAAGCGCAGUGAUCCCAUUUUAGGAUUGUUAUUUUGAUACUGUGAUCAUGAGUGAGGGGAAGGGUGGAAGGAAUGGGCUGAGGCGGGAGGGAACGCUGGAGUGAUUAAAUCUUUAUUGAAUGAAUUAAAGUAUCUCA